AGGCAUUUCUUCUAUUUCCCGCGUUUGUAAACAUUUCCCGCUUCUCGUCGAAACCCUAAUUUGCGAAAAAUGGGGACGAAGCACCACUCCUCCGAUCCCGUGUCCGAUCCCAAAAAGCGUAGAAAGGUCGGAUUCUCCAAAGUCGAUGAAGGGGUUGAACCUAACGAUUGCAUCAAAAUCUACAUGGUUUCUCGACAAGAGGAAGUGGGCUCACCAGAAAGCUUCCCUGUUGAACCUGUUGAUCUAGGCCCCUUUUUUGAAGAAGAUGGGAAAAUAUACGGCUAUCAAGGGUUGAAGAUCGCCAUUUGGAUUAGCAGCAUAUCAUUUCAAGCAUAUGCAGAUAUUUCUUUCGAGAGCACAUCUGAUGCUGGGAAAGGAAUCACAGAUCUUAAUUCUUCUCUUCAGAACAUUUUUGCAGAUAAUCUUGUUGAGACAAAAGAUGACUUCCUCAAAACAUUUUCCACAGAGAGUAAUUAUAUCAAAUCUAUGAUCUCAGAGGGAAAAACAAUUCAGCAAAUUCUCCCAUCUUCAUAUAACAAUGAAUCAAAUGGGACUUUGAAAGAAGAUUGUUCUGAGCUUGAGGUUGUUCAUGUUGAGGGCACAUCUAUGGGCCUUCUUUAUUGUAGAUUGGUGCCACUUGUUCUUCUUCUUGUUGAUGGUAGCAAUCCAAUUGAUGUGACUGAUCCUGAUUGGGAGGUUUAUCUUUUAGUUGAAAAGAAAAGUGAUGAAUCACAGAAGCUUCUUGGUUUCGCAGCUCUUUAUCGGUUUUUUCAUUACCCUGGUAGCAAGAGGUUAAGACUUGGCCAGAUAUUGGUGUUUCCUCCAUAUCAACGCAAAGGGUACGGAGGUCAUUUGUUUGAAGCAAUCACAAACAUGGCAGUUUCAGACAACGUGUAUGACCUCUCGAUCGAAGAGCCUCUUGACUCAUUACAACAUGUAAGAUCAUGUGUUGAUAUCCCACGGUUGCUUGCACUCCAAGCAAUCCAGCCGUCACUUGACUCAGCUGCCUUGCGUCUCAAGCAAGAAAAUCUCACAAAGCGGACCCAAAUUACCAAAUUCACCCCGCCAUCAUCUGUGAUUGAAGAGGCGAGAAAAACUCUCAAAAUCAACAAGAAACAGUUUCUACAGUGUUGGGAGAUUUUGCUUUAUGUGAAACUGGAUCCUGUUGAGAAGUAUAUGGAGAAUUUUAGGAGUGUUGUGUUGGACAGGAUUAGGGCUGAUGUCAUCGGGAAGGAUAAUGGUGGGGCCGGGAAGCGGGUGAUUGAGGUUCCGACUGAGUAUGAUGAGGAGGUGUCGUUUGUGAUGUUUAGGACAACAGGUGGUGGUGAUGGUGGUGAAGGGAAGGAGGUGGAGAUGGAGGAACAGGAUUUGAGUAAACAAGAAGAGCAGCUUCAGAAGCUGGUUGAUGAAAGGAUUCAAGCUAUAAAGUUGGUUGCUCAAAAAGUAUGUGUCAAGAGCUCUUGAAAUUAAUUAAAAUGAAUGAUUUUCUUAAUCUGUUAUUUUG